AUGGUUAAUGCUUAUUCAUUUGAUGGUAUAAUUAUCUUUGUUUUAUUAACAAUAUGUACAUGUGGUUAUAUGCGUCGUGUACCAAAAUUACGUGAAUGGUUUCUAUCGGAAAAAAAAGGAUUUGCUGGCAUUUUUUACAAAGCGUCAAUAAUUGGUACUCGUCUUUCUCUUGUUGUUGCAAUCUCAUGUGCUACUAUGGCUUUUUGGCUUGCGUUUUUACGAUAA